UUCCAUUAUUCCCUCAAACUCUGCACUGAGAUCAAGAUGACUUCCCAGCCCAGGUAUGAGUGGUAUCAGACGGAUGGGAAAACCACCAUCACUGUCUACGUGAAGAAUGCCGAAGCGGACAAGGUCAAGAUUGAGUUUGCUCCCAAGAGCUUGGUCUUUUCCUACGGCGACCAGCAACUUGUGCUGGAACCGCUGCCGACAGAGAUCAAUACGGAUGCGAGCUCCUACACUGUCAUGAAGAUGAAGGUGGAGAUUGGACUUGUGAAGAAGGUGGCGGGUCGCUGGCAGGCAAUUACAGGCGAACAGGAAGGAACUGUGCAACACAUCUCGCCUGAGCCAUCGACGAGCAAUAGGCGCAAGGCGCGCAAGAAUUGGGAUGCUGUGACUACGGAGAUCUUGUCCUCCGAAAAAGAGAAGUCUGUAUCCGACGAUCCCAAUAUUGGAGGCGACGUUGCUGCGAACGAGAUGUUCGCCAAGCUUUAUGCCGAUGCGGACGAGGAUGUGAAAAAGGCCAUGAUCAAGAGUUACACCGAAUCGAACGGCACGUCACUUUCAAUGAACUGGGACGAGGUGAAGAAGGCUCGCGUGGAGCCAUACAAGUCGAAGGAUGACGACGACAAAGCCUAGGAACUACAAUGAUCUCGUUGAGCUCUGUCUCUCCGUUCAUUCGCCUUGCUGUCGCCUAGCAUGUAUCCAUGAAUAAACCACGAAGUUCUCCUACUAAGACCUGCC